AUGUCGCCCUCUUUGCGCUCUCUCGUCACUUACUCUAAGCCAACAUAUGUUGGCUGUCUGCUUCUCGAGCCCAUACGGUCUCGCGAGGACGCGUUUAUCUCACUCCCAGACGACAUUCUACUUCUUAUCGUCAGCUUCGUUAAUAUCAAGGAUAUCUUAUCCCUGAGGAGGACGUCUCAUCGUUUCUACUCGGUGACCAAGUCGCGCUGGGUUUGGCACGACGCAGUAAAGUAUCAUCUCACUGGAAAGGGAAUUCCCAUUCCCGCCGAUACUGGUGACACUAGGGCAUUCUCGGCGGAGCAGCUGGAGGCGAGGCCUCAGCACGCGAUGACGUUUCAAGCGGCCCGCCCUCCUCCUCAGAAUGAAGAAGUGGAUACUCUUGAGAGUGUUGUCAGCCACGUGUGCUUUCUUCCGGGACAGCACGGUCAAUAUCUUGUGACGGUCGUCGGACGGAUUAUUACUUGUUGGGAAAUUCCCCUUGAUGGCUCUGAUGCCUACCGAGUCGCUGAAUGGGUGAACAGCAAGAGAGUGAAUCAUAUGAUCGUGAAUGAGGAUCCAUAUAGCGAUGCAACUCUGGCGUUUGCGAGCGUUGGCACUGAGCCGAAUGUCCCAGACGCAACAGAAAUCUGUGCUCUUGCAUUGGACAAGUUUCGCGGGUGCUUCCGAAUGUUGGCCAAGCUCAAGGGUCACCGCAGCCAUGUUCUCCCUUUGCAUGUUAUGCGCGGCGACUACGUCAUUUUCGGAGAGUCUCUGACUGCUUGGUUCAGAGAUCCGGCAGAAGUGCAGCCGGUGGGCAGACCUCAUCUCAGUUUAAUUCAAGACAACAAUAAAGUAUUGUCUGUUAAGAUAAUCAACCGUUAUAUGCUUAUCGUUCGCGAGCGCUCGCUACAGCUUGAAUAUGCGCCCUCCUGGAACAACAAACGGACAGUGUACAGCAGUGACCAAUCCACAAUCGGAUACUUGGAACGUCACGCUACCGAAGCCGUAAUCGUUGUCAGGGCCACCUCCACAACCCUGACGGGAAAUCACCCUGACUGGCCGUCCGAGCCUGUCACUGUCCUCACUCGAUGCACUCAUGACGGAGUAGACGAGAUCGUUCAAUGCGACUUAUUGCCUGCUUGCAGAGCUGAUGACAAUGAUGCUUCGCAAGUGCAGCCGGACGCGUUUUUCCACCUUCCGUGCAAAUUUCCUCCAACUUGGACUGCUGCAUUUGUCGUGCCUCCGUCAAGCCAGCAGUUGCAUGUCAGCUCAAGCGGGAAGGGAUUCUGGAUCGAAACUCGGAACGUCACUUUACGCAAUAUCAAGCAACCAGCGCGUUGUCUGAAGGGUUUCUACGUCGCUUGGGGGUCUGACAAACAACUUCCAACUCGUGAACAGGAGCAACAGGAGGACAAGACCUGCAGUGAGUUAGAGGCUAGCGAGUGCGGGGAUUGUGCAAACCCGCUAUCGACGGCGACGUCAGGAAACAAAGUGAGGCUCUGCCGAGAUUCUAUAUACGUCAGAAGAUGCGAUAUGCAUGAGAUCAUAUGGAAGCUUUACUCUAUGGUAACGGCGACGUUCGACGACAGCGUAGGGCGGAUAGCGCUCGGAUACAGGAACGGUAAAGUUGAGAUCCUCGAUUACGCUUGA